UCUCAUGGUUAUUUCAUGAGGCAGAUUUCAGCUGAAGAGGGUGCUCCGGCUCCUAAAACUUUUGGUUCUGCAUCUGAUCAGAGUCCUGCUAACACGAGAGCGCCAUGUUUUGCUAGACCCGAAAGUACACCUUGUUUUGCUAGACCGGUGAGAACUGAAUCGGAUUACUCAAGUUCAGUGGUUCAACCAUUGGCUCCAGUGCAGGGUGGUGAAUUUAGUACGCUUGAACCUCCUUCAUUUUCUAGGCCAAGGAAACCGCUACGACGAGUAGACCAACUACAUUCUGAAAUUAAUGGAACUGAGUGGUCUCCGAGGAUGGAUGUCGCGGAAUCAAAAGGAAAAUAUGUUAUCACAGUUGAAGUUCCAGGAGUUAGGAUCAAUGACAUAAGAGUGGAGGUUGAUGAUCAAAAGUUAUCUGUCAAAGGUAGAAGCUCUACUAGCUACUUGACAAUUGCAGGGUCUCCAAAUGCCUCGUUUUCUUCGUAUCACAAGCGCGAGAUACUAUAUGGACCAUGCGAGGCGGUCGGGCCACUCCCUUCCGGCGUGAACAAGGAUCAUAUAUCGGCUGAAUUCCAGGAUGGAUUUCUUCAGAUAAUAAUUCCUAAGAUUUGAAUGAGCAAUAAUGUUGAUUGCAGCCAAAACAUAUUUUGGAGCAUUUGUUUGGUUAUGAUCAUAUCAUAAAUAGAUCAUAAGAUAGGCUAUGUUGUGCUUUGGAAAUGCUUUUAUUUCUUCUGUACCAGUUAUGUCUAUCUAUGUCUUAUUUUAUAUGCCACUAAACAAAAGAAUUUGGCUGAACCUUAGUAUAUACAUAUUUAUGGCUUAAUUUUGAUUGAUCAAGAUAUUAUUGCUGAUCUUA